AUGGAAGCUGCAUUCUUUGAGACAACCGAUGAUAUGUUCUGCUUAGAAGAUGUAAAUAUCGGCGAAAGAAUUUAUGCGAAAUAUAAUAUUCGCAACAUUGAAGACCCUGAUUAUGAGGAACCAGAAGUGGACUUUGCGAAUUUGAUGGAUGAGGAUGAGGAAAUUCGCGAGAACACGGAAGCCUCAAACGAGUUGCAGUCAACAACCAUAGAGGAUGAGGAUGAUGAAGUACAAGAUCAGAUCCAAGAAUCAAUGGAUGAGGAUGAGGAAAUUCGUAUCACAGGGGAAGAAAACGAUGCGCUUGUUGCACGUUUAUUAGGCGAGAACACGGAAGCCUCAAACGAGACACAGAGCCAAGAAUCAAAUAGAAUUAAUAGCGAGAACACGGAAGCCUCAAACGAGUUGCAGUCAACAACCAUAGAGGAUGAGGAUGAUGAAGUACAAGAUCAGAUCCAAGAAUCAAUGGAUGAGGAUGAGGAAAUUCGUAUCACAGGGGAAGAAAACGAUGCGCUUGUUGCACGUUUAUUAGGCGAGAACACGGAAGCCUCAAACGAGACACAGA